UGCAAUGUCUGAGUCGUUCGGCGAGGACCAAAGUGGAGGGGGGUGAAGGGACCAGCGCAGAAAAAGCUGAGGGGUCCGACUACAAGUUUCAAGAAACCUGUCGGUCCAAUGGUCUUUGAGUAUGACAGGGUAGGACAACCUACAGGCAAAUGGCGUCGUCAGUAUGCUGUUCAAGUUGGGAUUUGUGCGCGUAAAAUCCCCAUUACUCUUCGUUUGAGCGACGUACCUAUUGGCUUGAUAGACACGUUUUGGAAUGAUACACGGAGUCUAUUUAACAUUCCAAAUGAGUACGCCAAGCGAAGGGUGUUUGAAUCCUUACUUGCGACAAGAUUCAGAGGGUUCAAGACCACCUUAGUUCGUCGGUUUAUCACAAAGAAGCUUGUGAGAAAACCAAAGAACAAGAAAGAAGGUGGCAUGGAUGAAGAAGUCAUCGAUGAAGAGAAACUCCCAUGGCAAAUAUGGCCUAGUGUAUCAAAGGAAGAUUGGGAUGCUUUCGUUCUUCAAAAAAGCAAAAAAGAAGCAAUUGUAAGUUCAAGUAACUCUGAUGACAAUUGUAAAAUAUAUUUAAUAUUUUGGUAGUUUUGAAACUAAUAUGUCUAAAUAUGUAGGAAAUAAGAGAGCAGAAUUCCAAGAAUGCAUUGCAGAAGCAAUACUACCAUCGUGUGAGGUGUAUGACGUAUGAUGAAUGGAGGGAGACGUGGGUGAGUGAGGGAGUAUACCCCACUUCGCUACUAGGGU